UUUGGCGCCUGCGCAUUGGCAUUAACUAAACGAAAAUGUUCUGGCCGUUUGCGCCAAAAAUUGUGGAAAUUCAAUCACAGUUGCUUCAGUACGUUUUCGCACGCUCAUUAAUGCAGUCGCAGUCGGAGCACGGCGGAGCUACACUCUCGAGCGAUUGGCAACGCGACGGCAAAGUCCAGAGAGUGAUUUUCUAUUAACCAAAAAUGUUGGCCAAAUAAAAUGCAUAAAAUGCAGUUAAGGCCCAGUUGGCAAUUCUUACUAUUCUUAACGUGUCUCGGGCGCUUCUGCAAUGGCAGUGAAAUUCUUUUGCUCAUUUCGUGUCCGCGGCAGGCGGCAGAGCACUGUCGCACCUUGCGCGAUAAUCUGCGACAGCAACAAAUAUCGGACGAGAUCCCCAGGGAUUACAAUUACGCCAUUAAGGUGCACAUAAUGCAUGAACUAUUCAAUUACUGGACCCUGCUCGAUGCGCUGCCCUAUUUGAGAGGCAAGACACGUCUGCUAAACGCGAACACCGAUUGGAUUAUCUGGUGUCAGCACAACACGCACGUCGCCUCGCUGCGUGGCCUGCUCGACCAACUGCAUCAGCGGGAUGCGCAAGAGUUAGCUUAUUACGGACACGCCUUGUACGACACCGAGGCAACGAUUGUGCACCAUUUCGCCAACUACAAGGAUCCAACAUGGUUUCCAUAUCCCAUGCUAAGUGCCGGCGUUGUUUUUACAGGUGCAUUGCUGCGCAGCCUGGUCGAACUUGUUGCUCUAAAUGCGCCAAAUGCCACAAGGCACAGCGAAUUUGCCAUAGAUGCGGCCCAUGAGUUGGCCCGAUUCAUUUUCGAUAAUAUAGCACCUGCUGAUGAUGGCAGCAGCAGCAGCAGCGGCAGCGGCAGUAGAAGUAACAACGUCGAUAGCAACAUCAGCAUCAGCAGAGACGACAACGACUUUGUCGACAUGUUGCAGCGCAAAAUAAUUUUGAAAAGUGCUGACUACAUUUGUCCCUGGGCGAGAGUAUCGCCAGCCUGGUCGUUGGGGUCCUUAGAGACGACAGCAGCAGCACCAGCAGCAGCAGCAAAGGAGUCAAAGCCUGUGUCCUGUGUCUUGCAUGCCAAGCCGGAAAUGGCCGCUGGGAGUGCCGUGCAUUGUGUGCACACAACUGGCGCACACAUCUAUUUCGCAAUCAAGACCUGUGCAAAAUUCCAUAAGGAGCGUAUACCAAUCAUCGAACGCACCUGGGCGCCCGAUGCUAUCCGGCGCAAAUACUACAGCGAUGUGGCAGAUGAUGGUAUACCGACGACCGGCACUGGCCUACCCAAUGUACCGACUGGACAUUGUGCCAAAACAUUGGCAAUUUUGCAAUUAUCCCUCAAGGAUAUCAACGAGCUAACGGACAUACGCUGGCUGAUGCUUGUCGACGAUGAUACGCUGCUAAGCGUACCACGGCUAAGCAAACUGCUUGGCUGUUACAAUCACACGAAUCACAUUUAUCUUGGGGAACGCUAUGGCUAUCGACUGUAUGCCCCGGAUGGCUUCAAUUACCACACAGGUGGCGCUGGCAUUGUGCUUAGCGUGCCGCUGCUGAGACUUGUGGUGCAGCGGUGCAGUUGUCCAACAGCAAGUGCACCAGACGACAUGAUACUGGGCUACUGUCUGCAGGCAAUGGGCGUGACGGCCACGCAUGUGCCCGCUCUGCAUCAGGCACGGCCGCAGGACUAUGCGCCAGAGCUGCUGCAGCUCAAUGCGCCCAUUUCGUUCCACAAGUACUGGCACACCACGCCGGAGCACACGUACAAGCGUUGGCUCGGAGGCGCUCUGGGCAACGCUAGUUCAGCUCAUGCCACGGCCAAGGAUCGACGUGCUGCGCCGCUGGCACUGAACGGACUGCUGCAGCUGCCAAAUCAGCUGGCAGCGGGCUUGGAAGGCUCCGCCAAGCACUUGGAUCUCUAAAACAAAAAUGCUCAGAUAAAGAAAGAAAGCAAACUUUCGUUCUUUGAAUGAAGAAAGUCAAACUGAUUACAGAUAUAAUUCCCAAGUUAAUCGAAUGCCAACAAAUGUAUCGAAAAAGCAAAAU